AUGGUUUCUCUAUGUGUAGCGUUUGAUGUUUGUGCGGAACUGAAUGAUCCUCUGUGUGUUAAUAUGGCCAGCUUGAAUGAUAAACAUGAAGUUACUAUGGUUAACCAAGUGUCUGUGGGAUUUAACUCUGAGGUUGCUGCAAAAACGGUUGAGCUGGUUGCUGUUAAUGCUGAUUGGGUACAUUUUGAUCAGAAGUUAUGGUUGGUAUCUGCUACAGAAAGCCAAUUUCUUCUUUGGUUGGGCAGUAUAGCGGUGUACAUGAAGCCCUGCAAUUUGCAAGACCUUGCAUUCAUCAACAACCAUUCUGGGAAUGAUGCUGUUGUUGGAAACCAAUUCUAUAGACCUAUCAAGUGGAAGAGUUUGAGGGGUUGUCAUCUUGUGAUUGCAUACAGUACUGGUUCCAUUAUCUACUUGGAACCAAUUACCAACAAUUUCUAUGCUUCAGUAUUUGUUCCUGACACUUUUAUGGCUGCUGUUGGUUUUCAUGGAUUAGCUGGCUACUCAUUUGCAAGUAUCUACUACAGUACCUAUGGACACGUGGAAAAGCUUGCCAAGGAAAUCAAGAAAGGAGCCGACUCUGUUGAAGGAGUGGAAGCCACUUUAUGGCAGGUGCCGGAAACACUUCCAGCAGAAGUUCUGGGGAAAAUGCACGCCCCACCAAAGAGUGAUGUCCCCGUUAUCACUCCCGAUCAGCUUCCUGACGCCGACGGUUUCAUUUUUGGGUUUCCGACACGUUUCGGGAUGAUGGCUGGACAAUUCAAAUCCUUCCUGGAUGCAACUGGUGGGCUGUGGGGUACCCAGAAACUCGCCGGAAAACCAGCCGGCCUCUUCUAUUCUACCGCCACUCAGGGAGGCGGUCAGGAGACUACCCCAUUGACUGCAAUCACUCAGCUUACUCAUCAUGGAAUGAUUUUUGUCCCAAUUGGGUACACCGCUGGGGCGGCGAUGUUUGACCUGAAUCAGAUCAAGGGUGGAAGCCCAUAUGGUGCCGGAACUUUCGCCGGAGGAGAUGGAUCCAGGCAGCCGUCUGAGCUUGAGCUGGGGGUUGCUCAUCAUCAGGGCAAGUACAUGGCCGGAAUUACCAAGAAGUUCAAGGGAUCCGCUUGA